AUGCGUGAAAAGAUAGUUGUCAUUCGGAAAAGGCUCGCCAUUGCACAAGAACAACAGAAAAAGUAUGCAGAUCAGAGGUGUCGAGAGCUACAAUUUGAUGUAGGAAGCAAAGUAUUCUUGAAAAUUGCGCCGAUGAAGGGAAUCAUGAGGUUCAGAAAGAAGGGCAAGUUGAGUUCGAGAUAUUUUGGACCCUUUGAUGUACUGGAGAGGAUUGGAGCUACAGCUUAUAGGUUGGCUCUUCCACCACGGUUGUCUGCGAUUCACGAUGUUUUUCACAUCUCCAUGCUUCGGGAGUAUAUACCAGAUCCGACACACAUUUUAGAAUACGAACCUCUCCAAGUUCGCGAGGAUCUCACCUACGAGGAGUUUCCAGUUGGGAUCCUUGCACAAAGGACUCAAGUCCUCUGUAAGAAGACCAUUUCGAUGGUCAAAGUACUUUGGAGUAACCAUACGGAAAAAGAGGCUACAUGGGAACUAGAGGAGGACAUGAAGAACAAGUACCCAUACUUGUUUGAUUGA